AUGGCGGCCGAAGUACAACUCCUGCAGCCCUUGAAGCUGCCAAAGGGGCCUUCCACCCUUACGUCUGAGCAGAAGUACUGGAACUCAUUCGCCUCGGAGCUCAAACUCGACCCUUCGCAACAUUCCUCGCCCGUAACUCACAUCUCGAUACCGCCCCCUCAGCCCGCCAAUACGCUUUCGGCCACCCAGGAUCUCUUCGCAGUCACCACGGGAUCUCGCGUCCAGAUUUUCUCAUCCAAGAGCCGAAAGGUCGUCAAGACGAUAUCGCGCUUCGGCGUCGACGACGUUGCGCAUUCGGGAAACAUACGGCGCGAUGGCAGGAUUCUGGUCGCAGGAGGAGAUACUGGUGUCAUACAAGCGUUCGAUGUCAAGAGCAGAGCCAUCUUGAAGACAUGGAAGGAACACAAGCAGCCCGUCUGGGUCACACAGUGGAAUCCCACAGAUCUCACUGGCCUGAUGAGUUGUUCCGACGACAGAACCGUGCGAUUAUGGGACCUGCCGAGUGAGAAGAGCGUCAUGAAGUUUGACGGGCAUCAAGAUUACGUGCGCAGCGGCACCUUCAUGCCUGCGCAAAGUGGGCUGCUCGUAUCUGGAAGUUACGAUCAGACGGUGCGACUCUGGGAUUCGCGAGUAGGCGGAAAGGCGGUGAUGGUGUUCAAACACGCUGCGCCCGUCGAGACUGUCCUCCCUAUGCCGUCUGGAACGGCCGUCCUCGCGGCAGCCGACAAUGUCAUCAGCGUUCUCGACAUCGUGGCCGCAAAGCCGAUCCACAUGCUGCGCAACCACCAGAAAACUGUGACCGCGCUCUCACUAGCGAACAAUGGCGAACGCCUCCUCUCCGGUGCUCUCGAUGGCCACGUCAAGGUCUUCGAAACAACAGGCUGGAACGUCGUCGGUGGGAUGAAGUACCCUUCGCCUAUCCUGUCGCUCAGCGUCAUCCCGAACCAAAAGGAGGACAGACACAUUGCGGUGGGUAUGCAAUCCGGUCUUCUAUCGAUCAAGACACAUCUUUCCGGCGAGCAGAAGGUUCAGGCUCGUGAGCGAGAGAAGGAGAUGAAAGCGCUCAUGGAAGGCAAGAUCGAAGAGUACGACAGGAGCAAGAAGCGGAAGCGUGGAAAGGGCUGGGAAAAGCGCAUCCGAGGCAAAGACUUCACCGGCGAGAGCGCAGACAUCGUGAUCGAGGGCAAUGCGCGGGGAAAGAUCACGGCCGGACAACCGUGGGCGCAUGCGCUGCGAAAGGGCAUGUACGCGCAGGCGCUGGACAUGGUGCUCGAAUCAAAGGACGCAAAUGCCCGCAGCCAGUCCCUUACCCUUCUGACCGCUCUACGCCACCGCUCUGCUCUCCGAACUGCUCUCAGCAAUCGCGACUCCGUAACACUCCAACCCAUCCUCCGCUGGUGCAUAAAGAAUGUUUCCGACUACCGCAUCACACGUCUGACCACCGACGUCGCGCUCGUGGUCCUGGACCUAUACGCCGAUCAACUGGGCAGAAGCGAGGAGGUCGACGAUCUAAUCAUGGCGCUGAUGCAGCGAGUCAAGGUGACCGUCGAAGCAAGCCAAGACGCAUGGAAGGUACGUGGCAUGCUAGAUAUGCUCGUCAGCAGCGUCGGCGCAGCAGACGGCGUGGAAGUAUGA